CAAAGGUCAAAAAGUCCCUUCGUUUUUAUUAUUAUCCCUCCCUCUCCCUCCCUCCUCCUCCUCCUCCUCCUCGUCUUCUUCAUUGUCUCUUCAACAAAUCUUAGAUUCAGAAAUUUCAAUCCCAUGUAAAAUCUCUGACAUUUCUGUUAGAUCUCUAAUUCAGUUGUAGAAAGGGAUUUGCUUCUUCUUUUUUUUUUGGUUCACCGUUAAGUUAUAGAGACAAGAAGUAGAGACAUUCCAAGUUCUUGUCUUUAUUGUUGUUUCGUUUCUGGAGAAUUUUGUAAUAAAAAAAUGGGAGCACCGAAACAGAAGUGGACAUCGCAAGAGGAAUCAGCUCUUAAAGCUGGAGUUCUCAAACAUGGCACUGGCAAAUGGCGCACCAUUCUCUCCGAUCCUGAGUUCACUUCUGUUCUCAAGUCUCGCUCUAAUGUUGAUCUCAAGGACAAAUGGAGGAACAUAAGUGUAACAGCUAUAUACGGAUCUAGGAAGAAGGCUAAGCUUGCACUUAAAAAAAAUCCUACCGCUCAUGAUGAUGAUAACGCUACUGCUCUUACCAUUGUUGCUAUCGCUAAUGGUCAACAGAUUUCUCCUCCUCCUCCUCCUCCUGUGGUUUCUUGUUUACCACCACCAAGAGAUUUUGAAGGACUCUAUACUAGUGUGGAUAAGAUGAUAUUGGAGGCUAUUACUAACUUUAAGAAACAUUUGGGUCCUGAUGGAAAGUCUAUCUUGCUCUAUGUAGAGGAGAAACACAAUAUGCAACCUGAUAUGAAACGGCUUGUGACUUCAAGACUUAAGCAUUUGGUUAAUGUUGGAACACUAGUUAAGAUAAAGCACAGAUACAGGAUUUCUAGGAACCAUGCGGCUGCAGGAGCAAAUCAAAGCUCUCCUCGAAGCCUUUUGGAAGGAAACAAGGAGAACGAUGUUCAAAAUCUAAGUAGAUCACAGGUAGGUGGAGAGGUGUUUAUGAUAAAUGGCAUGACAGCACAAGAAGCUGCUGCAGCUGCAGCAAGAGCCGUGGCGGAAGCAGAGUUUGCAAUAGCAGAAGCUGAAGAAGCGGCUAGAGAGGCAGAUAAAGCCGAAGCAGAGGCUGAAUCUGCACACAUUUUUGCCAAAGCUUCAAUGAAAGCUUUGAAGUAUAGGAUGCAAUGUAGUGAGACAAGAUAAUGUCAAAGUUUGAAUUUUGCAUCUCUGCAGUAUUUUUUUGGGAUUAGGAACAGUGUAUAUUCUGCAGGUUGUAAUGUGUUCUAACUCAGAAGAUUAUGUAAAACAAUUUGUCCAUUGUUCUGUUUAUCUUUUCUUUGUAGUAACUUCACAAGGUUUCUCGUAGAAACUGGUUUGAAGAGAAAUAAAUAAAGCCUUUCGA